GUGAUGGGUGUUGCUCAGCCUGAUUUAUUCUCUGCGUUUCGCACCAUGCACGGAUCCACUAUCAAGUACAACUGUGACAAGACUCUGGUGGGGGCAGUGUGGAUUAAUGGGAAUGCAGCCAGGGUAGUGGAGCGCUACCUGAACUUCAAAGAGGGCUUGGCCUACGGCAUCGACCAGCUACUGGAACCACCGGGUCUGGGAGCGCUCUGCGACAGCCUGAACAACAGAACCACCUUUGGGCGCUGUGGACGCUGCCUCUUCCCUCCAGCCUGCCCAUUCAACUACCCCGACACGGGAAAAAGGGAGCGUUGUACAACCAUGAGAAUCUCAAGGUUAAGAUCCCAACCUUGGUUUACCCUGGACGAUCCUUUCAGUCGCAUGGGCUGUAAGAGAGUAUGUCAGGUUUCUUCGUGGGUCCCAAAGUGCUGCAAAAACCACUACAGCCGAGACUGCCAAG